CCUCCACCAGGCAGAUGUGGUCAGGAUUCUGGGCUGCCCUCCAGAUGGCUGUCAGGGAAGGUGCUGAGUUACAGCCAGAGGAGGAUGGGAGAAAAGUACAGGGGAAAUGGAAGGAAAAAAAUCCCCCUUAAGCAGAGGUAUGUAUCUAUGGUUCUGCCAGGAAGAGACUCUGGCUCACUCCUAUUCAUCCCUUACGUCUCAGCUCAGGUAUGUCCUUCUUGGUGAAGCUCUCUGGACCUCCCUAAGCUGGGUCAGUGCAUCCGCUAGGCUCCUCCAGGCUCCACAGUGCUCUAGGCUCCCCCCUUGGAGCCCCUGUCACUCUGUCGCCCAGACCUUCCGGGCUGUCACUCUGUCGAAGUGCAAGGAGUCCCCUGAGGGCAGAGCCCUGGACAGUCUUGGUCACUGCCCUGUCCCCAGCAUCACCCAAAGGACUGGGCACGAAGUGGGAGCUGAGCAAAGAUUUGGUGAGUAGCUAAGGACCCCCACUCUCUCUGUAAGGGCCCAAAUGACACCUGGUCCUGUAGUGUCCCCCUUUGUGAGCCAGACAGACGGCCCUUCCAGGCGGACUCAACCGCACUCCAGAACGCGCGACUUGGCGAAUGGAACGUGGGCUGGAUUUCGGUUUGUCGCCCUGUCCCCUCAGCCUGGCGCCUCGAUGGGGCGCACAGUCUCGGCAGCCUUGCGCAGUGACCCCGAGGAGCUGGGGAUCGACUCCUCAAUCCGCGGGCGGGAAAAGGGUUCGGAUUUUCUCCGGCCCUGGGAGCCGCGGCUCCGAGGAAAAAGCAAAAGGAGGAAAGGGAAGACGGGAAGAAUUCCCCACCGCAUCCGUGGGGUCUCCGGGGUCCGGGAGCACGGGGCUCCUCCCCCUGGGCGCUCACACCUGGCGGCGGGGCGUGCCUCAGUUUCCUCCACCCCCGCCCCUCCCCUUUCUGCUGUUCUUCCUCUUCGGGGCGCUGGUGGCCGCACCUCUAGCACUCCCGGAACUGAAGCUGGGCGCCGGGCCGUCGGGAGGCGGGGGCCACGUCAGCGGGGCGGCCCGGGGGUCUGCGCCAUGCGGCGUGGCGCGCUCCUGGCCGGCGCCCUGGCGGCGUACAUCGCGUACCUGGUGCUGGGCGCGCUGCUGGUGGCGCGGCUGGAGCAGCCGCACGAAGCCCGCCUCCGAGCCGAGCUGCAGACGCUACGCCAGCAGCUGCUGCGGCGCAGCCCCUGUGUGGCCGCCCCCGCCCUGGACGCCUUCGUGGAGCGGGUGCUGGCGGCCGGACGGCUGGGGCGCUCGGUGCUCGCCAACGCCUCCGGAUCUGCCAACGCCUCGGACCCCGCCUGGGACUUCGCCUCGGCUCUCUUCUUCGCCAGCACGCUGGUCACCACCGUGGGCUACGGCUACACGACGCCGCUGACCGACUCGGGCAAGGCCUUCUCCAUCGCCUUUGCGCUCCUGGGCGUGCCGGCCACCAUGCUGCUGCUGACCGCCUCGGCCCAGCGCCUGUCGCAGCUGCUGACCCACGCACCCCUGUCCUGGCUGAGCCGGCGCUGGGGCUGCCCCCCCCGGCGGGCGGCCCGCUGGCACCUGGCCAUCCUGCUGGGGGUCGUGGUGACCAUCUGCUUCCUGGUGCCAGCCAUAGUCUUUGCCCACCUCGAGGAGGCCUGGAGCUUCCUGGAUGCCUUUUACUUCUGCUUCAUCUCUCUGUCCACCAUCGGCCUGGGUGACUAUGUGCCUGGAGAGGCCCCUGGCCAGCCUUACCGGGCCCUUUACAAGGUGCUGGUCACAGCCUACCUCUUCCUGGGCCUGGUUGCCAUGGUGCUCCUGCUGCAGACUUUCCACCACGUGUCUGACCUUCAUGGCCUCACGGAGCUCAUCCUGCUGCCGAAGCCGUGCCCAGCCAGCUUUGACCAGGAUGAGGAUGCUCGGGUGGACAUUCUGGGCUGCCAGUCGGAGCCACACCGGCAGCUCACUGCCGGCUCGCACACUGACUACGCCUCCAUCCCCAGGUAGCUGGGGCAGGUGCCAAGAGGGUGCAUGGACCUGGCCUGCGGCUGUGGCACCCACGGGACUUGAAUGGACAGACGGUCAGACUAGCCUGUCCUGGAGCAUACGUGCCCAUGUCCUGAGGCCCUGCCUCCACCGCCUGGGGCUCCUGCUGUGGCAGCGCUGCCUGGUUUUCCCCGCCCCUUCUCUCACCUCCCCACACACCCGGUGUCCCAGCUUCCUCUCCGUCUCUGUCUUUCCCCCUCACUCUGUCUCAUCUCUUUGUUUCUCAUUCUUUGACUUCCUGCGUCUGCCGCCCUCCCUCAGCCACUCAUCAUCUGCUGACUCCUCCGGGCUCUGGGCUCGGAUUUCAUUUCAGAUGCUUGAUGGGUCCCUCCGCAUUGGGCAAGUGACUGCCCCUCUCUAGCCUUGAUCUCCUCAUCUGUCAAGGGGAAAGGAUAUAUUCACUCAUCCAAAACUCCCUCCUCUGUGCCAGCCUGUGCUGGGCCAUGCUAGGGAUGCGGUAGUGCCCCUCAUGGCCUGGGCCCUGCUCUCCCUGGAAGGUGGACAGACCUGUCCCCACUCAGUGACAAUCCACAAUAGGCAGGACUCCGGGGGGGGAGGCAGAGUGGUCAGGGCUGGUGAGGAAGGCACAAGGGAAUGUAGCCAGUCCAGCCUGGAAGGUCAGGGAGGGAUUCCUGGAGGAAGGGGCAAGUGACCUCAGGCCUGAAAUCCAAGCAGUAGUCUGGCGAAAGAGGUGUGCCGGACUCACUUUGCUCAAGGUAGGCCUGGGUGAUGGAUGCUUCCUCGGCAGCCUGGCAGGCAGGAAGCUGAGACAGGAUCCCAGCCUGGAUCCGAAUGGCACGGAAGGCGCGGCUCUUACUUAGCAAGAUACCAUUGUAGUAACUGCUGUCCCUGUUUACCGAGGACUCGUUCUCUAAUGUGCUUUGGGCUCUGGAGCCAGCCUGCCUGGGCUCUGAUCCCAACUCAGCUGUGUCCUGCCUGGGUCCUUGGGCAGUACUUUGCCUCUGUGAUUCUUAGUUUCCUCAUCUAUAAAACGGCAAUAAUAAUAGUUACUUUGAAAGAGGUAGUUCCCAUUGUGGCUCAGUGGGUUAAAGAUCUGGCGUUGCUGUGAGCUGUGGUAUAGGUCGCAGAUGCAGCUCGGAUCUGGCAUUGCUGUGGCUGUGGGGUAGACCUGCAGCGGCAGCUCCAGUUUGACCCCUGGCCUGAGAACUUCCAUAUGCUGCAGGUGCAGCCCUAAAAAGCAAAGAAAAAAAAGAGAUGCUUUCACAGAGACUGCCAUGUUAUUCUGUGCUGCUUUUUUUUUUUUUUUUUUUUUUUUUGCCAGGCCCUGUGCUGGGUGCUUUCCAUAUGAGGAAGAUAAUAUUAUCAUCCCUUUGCAGAAAUGAGAAAACUGAGGCAAAAGGAGGGGAGGGCCCUUGUCUUGGACACAGAGCUAGGAGGGGACUGAUUUCUGUCUCCUCCUCACGCAUCUGUCCCCUCCCCAGGUGGUACGAUAGUAAGAGCACUUACUGCCUGUGGAGCUACCUACUGAGCUGCUACCUCUACCCAAGCCCUGCGGAGGUUCCAGAAGGGACAGGGCAUUUGCGCCAGGCCUCCCUAGGCGAUGAGUAGAGAAAGGGCAUGGGGAGGCGUUCCAGGCAGCAGGACUGCGUGUGCAACGGCCUGGAUGGCGGGAAGCAUGCUGGACGUCACUUCUGGCAAGGAGCUCACUGUGACUGGAGCAUAGGGUGAACGGGGGAGCGGGCUGGAGCAGGAGAUAUGGGUGCUUCUUAAAUGUCCUUCAAUGACCAGCUGGGGAACUUGGCCUCAUUCUUGAGGGUACUAGAGAGCCACAGCAGGCUUUUGAGGAGAAACCCACAGCCCCAUCCUGGGGGGCCUCUAGCCCCACAGCCUGUAAGGCAGAGUGGGCUUUAGCAUCUGUGUGGGGGGGUACUCAGGCUGGGUGCCCAGGAGAGCUGGGGCAGGAACAAAGCUGGAGCCAGUGGGGCAGGGCCAAGGGGAGGGGAGGAGGGGUGGGAGGAGGGAUGCUCAGGAGGCCCUGUUGGCAGGCCCUGGGUCUCACAGACUUGAGAGGGCCAAGGCCAGGGAAAGGUCUGAGGAUGGUCGGCUGCCCCUGAGGUGGGGACCUGGGAGAAAGGAGAGAUUUGAGGGGAGAUGCAGAGGCUUGUUUGAAACAUGGCAGCUGUGGAAAGGCUAAGGGGACAUGCAGGAGAAGGUGUCAGGAGGUCACAGGACCCUCAGGGUGAGGGCUCGGGGGUGAUUGAAACUGGAAACAGAUGAGGAAGCUGAGGCCAUGAGGGUGGGCCUGACAGCCCUAGGUGGGAGUGAGGAGAGAAGACCAGCCCUGAGAAAUUAGCCUUAGGAUAUUUAUAUAUUUAUGUAAGGGAGGAUUUGGGCUGCAAGUAGUAAAAUCCUAACAGGCACUGGCUGAGACGAUAGGAUGGCUGUAUAUUGCACCUGACCAGAGUUGGGGAGGGCUCCAAGAGGGUCUUAAGGUCCCAAGUUUCUUCUCUCAUCUGCUCUGUUACCCUCAGCUGAAGGCUUGGUUCCCAUGCAGGCUCUCCCCAUGGUCCCAAAGUGACUGCCAUAGCUUCAGGCAUCACAGACAUGUUCAUUUUUAGUGCAAGAAGAGGGGCGUCUCUUCCCACGGUGUCUCUUCGGAUAUAAGGAAACCUCUUCCCAGGGUGUCCCAGCAGACCUCCUCUUCCCAUCUCCCUGGCCCAAAAUUGGCUCACAUGCACAUUCUGAACCUAUAAUUGGCCAGAGUGAUGAUGUCACAGCGAUGAACUUGGAUUCCUCAGGACUCCCUCUGCUGCCACGGCCUGAGGCUGGAGCUAAGGUUUUAAUUUGCAGGCUGGUGAAUAUGUGCACAAAAUUGGGCUUCUAUUAAAAAGGCAGAGAUUUGGGAGAAUGGGCGGACAUCAAUGAAAUAAUCAGCCAGGACCACAAGGUACAAUUACAAAGGUUGGUCCCUACAUAAGGGGUAGCUGGCUGGCAGAGUGGAAACAAAUAGGGGUUGAAGUUUAAGGCUGAAUAUGUAUGGCCAAAGGGACUUCUUUUCCUAAUUAACAUGACAGCCCCACAUGGUAAGCAGUGACCCUUCAACUACUUCUCUUGCACCACAGAGAAGAGCUUACAAAGGAGACAGAAAAGGAAUUUUAGAGAGACAUAGGAAAACCAGGAGGGUGGAGAGUAUUGGUAAGAGGGGAGAGAAUUUUAAGGGGGGAGAAGUCAAUAUUUUCAAAUGAUGCGAAAAAGCCACAAAAAAUUAUUUUACUUAGAGUGAUUAAAAACACUUACAUAGGAUUUUCUAUGAGCCAGAUCCUAUUCGGAGUCCUUGAUGCAUGAGAAUUUAUUUAACUCUCUCAGCAACUCUGUGAGUCGGGUACUUAUUCCAUAUUGCAGAGGAAAGGCGGCCCGGAGAGGUUAAGUAUCUUACCCAGGGAGGGCAAAAUUGGGAUCUGGACAAGGUUUUGUUUGGUCACCUUGUCCCACGGAGACUCAGAAACACCCACUGUCUAGCUCUUCUCUCAGCCUCUCAGCCUUCCUGGCUCCUCUGCACGGUCAUUGCCAUUUUUGACCCUGAUGCUAAAAUCAGCAGUUUGCUGGAGAGGCAGUUGCUUGAAGGAAGUGCCUGUGUGAUCUGGCUUCUGCUCUUCACCACUUCUCCUUCCAAAUUCCUCUAGAAAAAGAAACCAGGCCAUGCUUAGUUCAAGAUAUAAGAGAGAGAGAGAAAGAGAAGUAGAGGGAAAGAAGGAAAGAAAGAAAAAAAGAAAGAAAGAAAGAAAGAAAGAAAGAAAGAAAGAAAGAAAGAAAGAAAGAAGG